AUGAAGGAGCGCUGCGAAAAUGGGAAAAAUAUCGGCUACAAAGUCUGCGCGCAUACGUUGGAACUAGCCCUCGAAUACGGGUACGAGAUUUUGGAGGUUUUCGAGGUUUGGCACUGGUCGAAAUGGACAGACUCGGACCCGGAUUGGAAGCUAAAGUACGAAGCGAGCGGAUGGCCGGACACAUGUCAGACUCCCGCACAACGAGACCAUUUCCUCACCGAUUUCAAAGCCAACCAUGGAAUUGAACUGGAUCCAGCUGCGCUUGAUAUGCCGAAUAAGGGCAAACGUUUCCUCGCAAAGGCCUGCCUCGUCAAUUUGUGGGGGCGUUGUGGACUGAAAGCCGAUCGUUCCUCAGUUGCCUUUGCGAAUACAGUGCAAGCAGUGGAACAAGUUUGGAAUGAUCCUACCCUCCAAAUAACGUACGACAAGAUUUUUGAAGCCGGCGACUCCCCUAUUUGGCUAUUCACCUAUCGGAAGAAGCAGGAUUGGAUUCAUUCUGCGCCAUACGGUAGUCUCCCUAUUGCUUGCUUAACGACUUCCUAUGGCAGGAUCCGAUUAACCAAAUGGCUGCUCGAGAUUGGAUACGAUCGGGUGUUGUAUUCGGAUAGCGACUCUUGCGUAUGGAUUGCUCGCGAUGAUGAUCCCAAACACAUGGAAUUUCUGAGAAGGAAUGCUGGCGAAAACCUGGGUCAACUGAAGAAUGAGACUCUCGUUGCGUCCAGGUAUUCGAACUUCUACCGGAUGCUGAUGGCGGUGUUGACAGCUUCGACAUGGCCGUUGCAGGGCAAUGCACUUUGGACCUCGAGU